AUGGCGGCGUACAAACAUUUCCUCGUGGAUACACCCGCGCCCUUCGUUGCACACGUCCAAAUCAACAGACCCCAGAAACUAAAUGCCUUUUACGAAGAGAUGUGGCUGGAGCUCAAAGAAGUAUUUGAUACCCUUUCGCUUUCGUCCGACGUUCGGGCUAUCAUUCUCUCCGGCGCAGGAGAUCGCGCAUUUACCUCUGGUUUGGAUGUACAAGCUGCCAGUCAGCAGGGCGUCUUACAACAGGAAGCAGGGAAAAGCAAUGAUGUAGCUAGGAAGGCAGUAGGAAUAAAGAGACACGUGCAAGAGUUCCAGGAUUGUAUUAGUAGUGUUGAGAAAUGCGAGAAACCUGUGAUAUGCGUGAUGCAUGGCAUAACUUUCGGUCUCGGUCUCGACAUCUCUACCUGCGCCGAUAUUCGGAUAUGUAGUAAGGACGUCAAAUUCGCUGUGAAAGAAGUGGAUAUUGGGCUUGCCGCUGAUAUUGGAACUCUUUCCCGACUUCCAAAAGUCGUCGGCGCAUUUUCAUGGGUCAAAGAUGUCUCUUUAUCAGCACGAAUAUUCGGGGGAGAAGAGGCGUUACGGGUCGGUUUUGUGAGUUAUGUGUUAGACAACAAGGCGGCGGCCUUGAACAAGGCUCUGGAGUUGGCAAACUUAUUAGCGGAAAAGAGCCCAAUCGCGGUACAGGGAACGAAAGAGUUAUUGAACCACGCCAGGGAUAAUAAGCUGGCCGACUCUCUGAGGUAUACAGGAGUUUGGAACAGCGCCGCUAUUCAGACUAGUGAUGUUGAGAGAGCUAUGCUGAGCGGACUGAAGAAGACUAAGCCAAGGUUUGAGAAGCUCUGA